AUGCGUGUUGUAGGUACCGUCGGUUCCAAGAAAAAGAAAAAAGGAAAACAAGACGCGGAUGGGGCAACUGGACAGAUAGAAGACGUAGACUACGAGGAGCCACUGCCAGUGAAAGGGCAUAAGCGUGAGGAUGAGCGUGGGGGAGAGCGUGAGGGCAGGCGUGAGGGCAGGCGUGAGGGCAAGCGUGAGGGGAGGCGUGAGGGGAGGCGUGAGGAAGAGCGUGAGGAAGAGCGUGAGGAAGAGCGUGAGGGAGAGCGUGAGCGAGAGCGUGAGGGAGAGCGUGAGGGAGAGCGUGAGGGAGAGCGUGAGGGCGAGCGUGAGGGCGAGCGUGAGGGAGAGCGUGAUGUGAAUCAUGAUGCAUCUUCUCCCUCUACUCCAGCAGGUGCUCGACCGGAUGGUGCAGAGAAUGUUCGUGGGCAUGGGGGGAGUGGGAGAGAGAGCCGUGGCGGGGAGAUGGAGGAUCAGAGGGGGGUGUCAGGGAGAGUGAAGUCACGGCGACGCAGGGCUGGAAAGAAAGCCCCUGUCAAGGAGGAAUCUUCCGAAGGCGAGGACAGCUCGGAUGAGGAAUCGGGGAGCUCCUCCGGGAGUGAGGAGAGGUACGACGAGGAUGAAGAAAGUGAGGACGAUAAAUCGGUGUCCGAGAGUGAUGACGAAGAUAUGAGAGGGCGGAGGGCACGGGCAGGUCAGGAGAACCGUAGGGAGAACAUUCGUAGGGGGAAAUUGGCAGCAUCGAACGAUCCAUAUACUGCCCUCGCCUCUGGGUCUGGACUGGGAAGGAGUGCAUCACGGUUUCCUGAUCGUAGCGUGGAAGCGGAGGUUGAUCUUCAGCACAACAUUACUCGUGAGGCAAGUGGUGGUGAUGAUCCGGCAAGUGCAGGGGGGCAAUGGGUGAAAGAUCGUGAUGCUGGUGGGUUUGGUGCUUGGGGGAUGGACGAAGAGAAGGCUGGAACUUCAGACCCUGCGACUGCAGGCCCGUCAGAUCCGGCGAGAUACAGUUCCAAGCCCGACAGCGCGACCGUUUCUGGUUUCCCGUCGCUGCAUCCCUCCCUUGCACCGCACACAUUUUCUGGUUUCCCGUCCCUGCAUCCCUCCCUUGCACCGCACCCAUUUUCUGGUUUCCCGUCGCUGCAUCCCUCCCUUGCACCGCACCCAUUUUCUGGUUUCCGGUCGCUGCAUCCCUCCCUUGCACCGCACCCAGUUUCUGGUUUCCCGUCGCUGCAUCCCUCCCUUGCACCGCACCCAGUUUCUGGUUUCCCGUCGCUGCAUCCCUCCCUUGCACCGCACACAUUUUCUGGUUUCACGUCCCUGCAUCCCUCCCUUGCACCGCACACAUUUUCUGGUUUCCCGUCCCUGCAUCCCUCCCUUGCACCGAACCCAUUUUCUGGUUUCCCGUCCCUGCAUCCCUCCCUUGCACCGCACCCAUUUUCUGGUUUCCCGUCGCUGCAUCCCUCCCUUGCACCGCACCCAGUUUCUGGUUUCCCGUCGCUGCAUCCCUCCCUUGCACCGCACCCAGUUUCUGGUUUCCCGUCGCUGCAUCCCUCCCUUGCACCGCACCCAGUUUCUGGUUUCCCGUCGCUGCAUCCCUCCCUUGCACCGCACACAUUUUCUGGUUUCCCGUCGCUGCAUCCCUCCCUUGCACCGCACACAGUUUCUGGUUUCCCGUCGCUGCAUCCCUCCCUUGCACCGCACACAGUUUCUGGUUUCCCGUCGCUGCAUCCCUCCCUUGCACCGCACACAGUUUCUGGUUUCCCGUCGCUGCAUCCCUCCCUUGCACCGCACACAUUUUCUGGUUUCCCGUCGCUGCAUCCCUCCCUUGCACCGCACACAGUUUCUGGUUUCCCGUCGCUGCAUCCCUCCCUUGCACCGCACACAUUUUCUGGUUUCCCGUCGCUGCAUCCCUCCCUUGCACCGCACACAUUUUCUGGUUUCCCGUCGCUGCAUCCCUCCCUUGCACCGCACACAUUUUCUGGUUUCCCGUCGCUGCAUCCCUCCCUUGCACCGCACACAGUUUCUGGUUUCCCGUCGCUGCAUCCCUCCCUUGCACCGCACACAGUUUCUGGCGUGGACGACCCCCUGAGAACAUGGGGGAAUGCUGAGGAUGGUGGCCUCCCGUUUGGCAAUGACAUCUUCUUCAACGCAGCUAUGGAUGCUUUCGGAGAAUUCAGCGUGGGAGACGACUUGUGCUUGAAGGCGUAUCACAUCGCCUGGACUAUCAUGGUGGACCGAUCUAGAGAGAAAAGGGGGAGGAGCAGCAGGGAGGAAGCAGCAGGGAGCGAGCAGCAGGGAGGGAGCAGCAGGGAGGAAGCAGAAGGGAGGUUGCAGCAGGGAGGGAGCAGCAGGGAGGAAGCAGCAGGGAGGAAGCAACAGGGAGGGAGCAGCAUGGAGGAAGCAGCAGGGAGGAAGCAGCAGGGAGGAAGCAGCAGGGAGGAAGCAGCAAGGAGGGAGCAGCAGGGAGGAAGCAGCAGGAGGUUGCAUCAGGGAGGGAGCAGCAGGGAGGAAGCAGCAGGGAGGAAGCAACAGGGAGGGAGCAGCAUGGAGGAAGCAGCAGGGAGGAAGCAGCAGGGAGGAAGCAGCAGGGAGGGAGCAGCAAGGAGGGAGCAGCAGGGAGGAAGCAGCAGGGAGGGAGCAGCAGGGAGGAAGAAGCAGGGAGGGAGCAGCAUGGAGGGAACAGCAGGGAGGAAGAAGCAGGGAGGGAGCAGCAUGGAGGGAGCAGAAGGGAGGUUGCAUCAGGGAGGGAGCAGAAGGGAGGUUGCAUCAGGGAGGGAGCAGCAGGGAGGAAGCAGCAGGGAGGGAGCAGCAGGGAGGGAGCAGAAGGGAGGUUGCAUCAGGGAGGGAGCAGCAGGGAGGAAGCAGCAGGGAGGGAGCAGCAGGGAGGAAGCAUCAGGGAGGGAGCAGCAGGGAGGGAGCAGAAGGGAGGUUGCAUCAGGGAGGGAGCAGCAGGGAGGAAGCAGCAGGGCGGAUGCAACAGGGAGGGAGCAGCAGGGAGGAAGCAGAAGGGAGGAAGCAACAGGGAGGGAGCAGCAGGGAGGGAGCAGCAGGGAGGAAGCAGCAGGGAGGAAGCAGCAGGGAGGGAGCAGCAGGGAGGGAGCAACAGGGAGGGAGCAGCAGGGAGGAAGCAGCAGGGAGGGAGCAGCAGGGAGGAAGCAGCAGGGAGGGAGCAGCAGGGAGGGAGCAGAAGGGAGGAAGCAGCAGGGAGGGAGCAGCAGGGAGGAAGCAUCAGGGAGGGAGCAGCAGGGAGGGAGCAGAAGGGAGGUUGCAUCAGGGAGGGAGCAGCAGGGAGGAAGCAGCAGGGAGGAAGCAGCAGGGAGGGAGCAGAAGGGAGGGAGCAGAAGGGAGGAAGCAACAGGGAGGGAGCAGCAGGGAGGGAGCAGCAGGGAGGAAGCAGCAGGGAGGGAGCAGAAGGGAGGGAGCAGAAGGGAGGAAGCAACAGGGAGGGAGCAGCAGGGAGGAAGCAUCAGGGAGGGAGCAGCAGGGAGGGAGCAGAAGGGAGGUUGCAUCAGGGAGGGAGCAGCAGGGAGGGAGCAACAGGGAGGGAGCAGCAGGGAGGAAGCAACAGGGAGGGAGCAGCAGGGAGGAAGCAGCAGGGAGGGAGCAGCAGGGAGGGAGCAGAAGGGAGGUUGCAUCAGGGAGGGAGCAGCAGGGAGGAAGCAGCAGGGAGGGAGCAGCAGGGAGGAAGCAUCAGGGAGGGAGCAGCAGGGAGGAAGCAGCAGGGAGGGAGCAGCAGGGAGGGAGCAGAAGGGAGGUUGCAUCAGGGAGGGAGCAGCAGGGAGGAAGCAGCAGGGAGGGAGCAGCAGGGAGGAAGCAUCAGGGAGGGAGCAGCAGGGAGGGAGCAGAAGGGAGGUUGCAUCAGGGAGGGAGCAGCAGGGAGGAAGCAGCAGGGAGGAAGCAACAGGGAGGGAGCAGCGUGGAGGAAGCAGCAGGGAGGAAGCAACAGGGAGGGAGCAGCAGGGAGGGAGCAGAAGGGAGGUUGCAUCAGGGAGGGAGCAGCAGGGAGGAAGCAGCAGGGAGGAAGCAACAGGGAGGGAGCAGCAUGGAGGAAGCAGCAGGGAGGAAGCAACAGGGAGGGAGCAGCAGGGAGGGAGCAGCAGGGAGGAUGCAGAAGGGAGGAAGCAGCAGGGAGGAAGCAGCAGGGAGGAAUCAGCAGGGAGGCAGAGGAUUAACAGCAAAUGA